GAAACAUCUGAAAGCGAAUUUCAUUUUUCUUUAGCUCCUUCUCUUAUGGUUUACGGCUAUUGCUUACAGUGUCCCUUUCAAUUCAAGCUGAGAUCGGUACAGAUAGUGUGAGACAACGAAAAGGAGCAAAGAAACGGAUAUGGCUGUAUCCGCCACUCCUCCCGUGAUUUCCUCAACCUCCAACCCCGGAUCCGCAGGUUUAUUCCGGUCCGAUUCUCUGUACAAAAGCCCCGCGGAGUCCCCCAGGCUGACGACCAGCAUCAACACAUUUAUCAGCUGCAACAGUAGCAGUACUAGCGGUAAUAACGACUGUAAAUUGGUGGAGGUGCAUGGGGUCAAGAUAGCCUCAUUCACAGUGGACGGGCAGGAACUCAUAUGCCUUCCUCAGGUUUUUGAUCUGUUUCUGAAGCACCUGGUCGGAGGUUUGCACACGGUUUACACCAAACUGAAAAGGCUUGAUAUAGCUCCAGUGGUGUGCACGGUGGAACAGGUUCGGAUCCUGCGGGGUCUCGGAGCAAUUCAGCCAGGGGUCAAUCGCUGCAAACUCAUCACACGAAAGGACUUCGAAGCCCUAUACAGUGACUGCACCAAUGCAAGCUCAAGACCUGGGCGACCCCCAAAACGUUCUCUUGGUGUUCAGAUACAAGACAAUUCCCGCUUACUGCCUCACGGUGUCCAUGGGCUUUUAUCACCAGGUCUCAUCUCACCGUCUGGAUUAACAGCUGCUGCCGUGGCUGAAGCAAUGAAACUACAGAAGAUGAAGCUAAUGGCAAUGAAUAGCUUGCAUGGCAUUGGCAAUCAGAAUGGAGCAGAGUCUGAGAAUGAUGAACUCAGUUCCAGUGCAGGGCUAGAUUUGCCAUUUAUGAUGAUGCCCCAUCCCCUCCUUCCUGUCAGCCUCCCGCCUGCAUCUGUUGCCAUGGCAAUGAACCAGAUGAACCACCUGAAUACUAUAGCAAACAUGGCUGCAGCCGUCCAGAUUCACAGUCCUCUGUCCAGAGCAGGAGCCUCUGUUAUAAAGGAAAGAGUCCAGGACAGCCCAUCACCAGCUCCUUCUUUGGAAGAUAAUCAACGCCCUGCAAGCCAGGCCUCAUCUCACCAGAGUAGCAGUGUGUCCAGCUCUCCAUCACCACAUGACAGCACAUCUGAACGGUUUGAUGACACUCAACUGGCAUUACCUGUAAUAAAGCAGAGCUUUGAUAAACACCCAUUAACUGGACAGGCACUACCCCCAGGAUUCCCAGCUCCUUUUUUGUUUGCUGAUGGAUUGUCUUCAGUCGAGACCCUUUUGACCAACAUUCAGGGUCUUUUGAAGGUAGCAGUGGAUAAUGCCAGAGUUCAAGACAAACAGGUACAACAAGAGAAGAAAGAAUUAAAAAUGGAACUUUUUAGAGAAAGAGAGAUAAGGGAAAAUCUUGAACGUCAGCUUACAUCAGAGCUGCAAAGCCGUGCAACAAUUCAGAAGCGUUUGAAGAAAGAGAAGAAAGCAAAACGGAAACUACAGGAGGCUCUAGAAUUUGAAUCUAAGAGAAGAGAACAGGUGGAACAAGCACUAAAACAAUCAACUUCACCUGAAAGUCUAAGAAUGUUGAAUGAGACUUGUAUCUCAGAAGUAGAGGCUGAACAUAAUGGAAAUCAGCAGGAGAAUGAAGCUGUGCAAGAAAACAGAUCAUAUAUGAAGCCCUCAAUACUGUAUUGAUUGAAAAUUCUACUACUAUGAGCCUGUGUUUAUUCAGAACUCAUACAGAAAAUAUUUGAUUUACAGUGUUCGAAACAACUUGCAUUGCCUUCAUCUUGGAGAAGUAAGCGGACAUUAAAAAGAACAAUGAAGAACAUGAAAGACAUUCGACAGUACUGUAUGCAGAACUGUAAGGCCAUUAAGAUUUCUCAAAACUAUUUUUCCUUCAUUAAUCUGCCCAGUUUUGAGAAUGAAGAAGAAAGAAGGGCUGUUUUUUUGGAUUGUAGUACCAUAAAAGCACUCGAGGAACCCAGUUCCAUUUUUGGCAAUCUUACCUUAUUUAGGAAAAUUACCGUUUUAUUUAAAAUGCCACAAACAUUUUGAUAGCAGCAUAAGACUUCUGUAAAUGCUGCGUAGACUGAAUUCAAAUGAAGUUUGUAAAGCUGUUAAACUGUAGACAUGCCGAUUCUGACACUUUAGGAAAAAUUUAAUGAAAAUACAGUAUGUGUGAAACAUUGUCUCUCUUUUUGAAAUUUUAUGAGUUAGAACAACAUGUUCUUCAAUUACUGUAGUUGACUGAUGCAAUAAUUUACGUCCCAGUAGCAAACUUAUUAGACUGUUUUUUACCACCUCAGCCUAUGGUGAUUGGAAACAACAAUAAGAUAUAGACAAGUAUUUAGUCUGUAUUAGUCUUGAUUGCUUUGUUGUACUGUAUUAAUUUUAAAGAUCUUCACUAAAAUGUAUAAUGCUAAAGAAUACAGUAUUGCAAU